AUGUUAAAAAUUGUCACAGUGGUUUUGGCUUUAGCCACGACUGCUUAUGCAGCUGAAAUAUCAUCAUCUUAUGCUUCGUUAGAGAAAAAUUCUAUGUUUAAACCAGAAUCAAUAGAAACCCAUGCCAUGAAAGAAGUCACAUCCGAAAUGGCACAUCCAAUCUACAGGGCUGACGAAAUAAAAAGUCAAGGUAGAGCGAGAGUCGAACCAGUUAGACCAGUAGGUCCGGUUAUUAAGCACGCUGGUAUGCUUUCGGAUCAACCCGCCGCUUCAACUGAAAUUAACAGAGUUGACGAAGGCGGAAUCCUAGGAAAUGGUUAUAUACCAAACACAGGAGACGUAGCUUACCCUGAUAUCCCGUAUGCUCCAGGCUACUUUUAUGAUGCUGCAUACUCUUCACCAAAUAAUUACGACUCAUAUGGAAUGAAUCCAUAUCUAAUGGAGCCUGAUACUUCUGCUUUUGGUUUGCUGUGGAGUCAGGUACCUGAUGGUAGGACUCUAGUUAACUACGUGGGCCGUACUAUCCUGUGGGUCUUUAACAGUGUCUUUGUCCUGCUCCUCGGCUCGUUGCUUACCGUCGGUGUCUGCUCUUAUACUAAUCUCUGCACGAUCGCUUUCCACGGAGUUGGGCCCAUUCAUGAAGAAAUGAGAGCUCUUAUGAGCCCAGAGAGACUGGACAAGAUAAGCCACGCUGCUGAUUUUGUAAAGACUGCUAUCGACAAAUACCAAAAAAUUCAAAAAGUCGCAGAUGAAAUGCCCUCUAUGAGAAAACGUCGCUCUUCUUUUAAAUACUAA